AUGAAUUCUAUAGGACAAAAUACACAACUACCUAAUUAUUCUUGUAGUGAAAAUAAUGUUUCGAUUGAGUUUACAUUAUCUUUAUCAUCUCAUUCAGCAUGGAAUUCAACAUCAUAUUGUUCUUUACAACAGUGUAAUGUAGACUCAAACAAUAAUAAUAGUUGUCGUUCAUCAUCAACACCUUGUUUUGAUUAUCGAACAAUAAAUAAUAUUAGUUAUUGUGCACCAGGUAUUUUAUGUUCAAUAUUAGAAAGAUGUGAUAAUAUUACACAAACAUGUUCAUCAAAUAAUUCAAUGUGCGUUGUUAAUUCAUGUUGUUCAUCACAACCAGUAUGUUUACCAUUGUUAGCAGCACAAAUGUGUGAAAGAGGUACCAAUACAUUAUUUACAUUUGAGACUCCAUUAAAAUCAAUUCGACCAAUAUAUUUUAGUCAUAGUUGUAGAUAA